AUGGUGGAUCUCAUUUUCACAAAAGGAACCUUUGAGGCCCUACUUAAGAAAUAUGGUGACUACCAUAGGACAGGCCUAGCAUAUCACCCUGAGACAAGUGGGCAGGUAGAAUUGUCCAAUCGUGCGAUAAAGACUAUCUUAGAUAAGGUGGUAACCAAAUCUAGGAAAGGCUGGAGUGACAAAUUGGAUGACACCUUAUGGACUUACAGAACUGUUUUUAAGACCCAUGUUGGCACCACCCCUUACAGGUUAGUCUAUGGAAAAGCAUGCCACUUACCUGUCGAGUUAGAGUAUAAGGCUUUUUGGGCUGUUAAGGAGCUAAACUUUGAUGCUAAAUUAGCAGGAGAAAAACAUCUAUUACAAAUUAAUGAGCUUGAUGAACUCCGUUUGAAUGCUUAUGAUUAG